AUGACAGCUAAUCCUAAUUGGCCGGAAAUAAGAAAUGCACUUUUUCCACGUCAAACUACAGUUGAUCAUCCUGAUCUGGUGGCUCGUGUUUUUGAGCUUAAAAGAAAAGCUCUGAGGAAAGAAAUAAAGAAAAAAAAGGUUUUCGGUACAGUUGUUGCCCAUGUUUAUACCAUCGAGUUUCAGAAACGAGGAUUACCGCACAUGUAUUGUCUUAUAUUUUUAAAAGAUUCCGAAAAAAUUCGUACGUCAGACAUGGUUGAUAAAUUUGUUUCUGCUGAAUUUCCGGAUGAGAAAAAUGACCCCAUACUAUUUGACACGGUCAGCAAGUGUAUGGUUCACGGUCCAUCUGGAGAUCGAGAUCCGGGUGCACCGUGUAUGGAAAAAGGAAAAUGUACCAAAGGAUAUCCAAAGAAUUACACAGACACAACAACUUUGGAUGAGGGUGGGUAUCCAAGUUAUCGUCGGCGUCGGGAUGGAAGAGAAGUAACGUUGAGGUCUGCUGAGGUCAUUGCCGGGCCGUAUGGCUUUUUAUUGGAGUACCAGUUACAUGAAGAGAAUCCGAGUGUACAGCGGUUAUACGUGCAUCUACCAAAUAAGCAACGAGUUGUGUAUAAUUCAAAGCGACCAAUGAGCUCUAUUAUACAGACAGCACAGGAACAUAAGACCACUUUGAUGGGUUAUUUUAAGUAUUAUGCUAAAAAUCCAACAGCUCCGACCUAUACUUAUCAAGAGUUCCCGCAGCACUUUGUAUGGAAAAAAGAAACUAAAGAGUGGAAAAUCAGACAACAAGGUUUUUCAAUUGGAAGAAUGUAUUUUGUUAGCCCUAAUGCUGGCGAGUUGUACUACUUAUGUAUGUUACUCAUAAAUGUAAGAGGUGCCCAGUCUUUUGACGGGUUAAGGACUGUAACUAAUGGAGAAGCGUGCACGGUUCAUGAUACGUUCAAAGAGGCAUGCAUUGCACUGGGAAUAUUAGCAAAUGAUGGAGAAUCGGAAAAAUGCCUUCAAGAAGCGGUGGUUAUGCAAACUGGAAAUCAGCUGAGGAAACUGUUCUGCAUUAUCCUAUCAGAAGGCAAUCCAACAAAACCGAAGCUUUUAUGGGAGAAAUAUGGAAUGAACAUAUGUGAUGAUCUUCAACAUAGAUUACGAUCGAUGUUUAAUAUCCCAAAUCCAACUGAUGAACAUGCUAUGGAUUACGGAUUAUACCUGUUGGAUCAACUGCUUCGACAAUCUGGAAAAAAACUAGAGAACUAUAAGUCAAUGCCACGACCAAGACAUGAUUGGGGUCAAAUAGUGGGUAACAGAUAUAUUUGGGACCAUCAACAACUUCAAUUUGCAGUAAGGGAAUCUGUGCUCAAUACGGAUAUUGAAAGAUUGAAUGUCGAACAACUGACGGCGUACAAUACAAUAGUGGAUUCUGUGAAUAACCGCGAUGCAAGAAGUUGUCGUAGAGAUGGAAACAUAGUUUUAACUGUUGCUUCAUCGGGUAUUGCUUCAUUACUUCUUGAUGGAGGUCGCACAGCCCAUUCGAAUUUCAAGAUACCAUUUAAUGUCCAAGAAGAUAGUAAUAUUGGGAUUAGUAAGGACUCCGAGUACGCCCAACUACUUAAAGAAGUCAGAUUGGUCAUAUGGGAUGAAGUUUCAAUGCAACAUAGAUUUUUUAUGGAGGCGGUUGACCGUCUACUACGAGAUAUUCGUAGUGAUGACAAACAUUUUGGAGGUGUAACAGUUGUUUUGGGUGGAGAUUUUCGACAGACUUUACCGGUGGUCUCAAACGCAGGUCGUGAACAAACUGUUGGAGCAUCUAUAAGAAGUUCAUUUCUUUGGGAUUAUAUUAAUGUCUUGACACUAAACCAAAAUAUGCGAUUGGAACAACAACCAAAAAAUUUGGAAUUUGCUAACUUCUUACUAGAGAUCGGGAUGAACCCUAAAGAAGUUGUUAACCUACCAUCGACAAUGAACAAAUGUCAAAACAUGCAUGAGAUGAUAUCUUCAGUGUAG